GGUAGACGCAGCGGUUGCGCACGGGAACUGGUUGUCGCUGUGGCCGCGUGGAGUUGUGGGGGUUGUGUCUGCCCCUCGGCUGCAUUGCGGGAAGCCGAAGGUCCCUGAGCAUGAUUCCUCAGAGCCUCUCUCCAUUUCGGAUCGCUCCCUUUGGAAUGCUCCUUGGGCUGUUGAUGGCCUUCUGUUUCACCUUCUGCCUCAGUCGUCAGAACCCAAAUGAGUUUGCGCUGACCAACCUAGAGAAGAGCAGUACCAAAGAGCCAGAGAAAAAGGAAGCCAAAGCGGAGGAGGAGAUGGAUGCCAAAGACCUGGAGGUGUUUCAGCCAACUCAUGAGUGGCAGGCCCUUCGACCAGGUCAGGCCGUUCCUGCAGGAUCGCAUGUGAGACUGAAUCUUCAGACUGGGGCAAGAGAGGUGAAACUCCAGUAUGAAGACAAGUUCCAAAGUAAUUUGAAAAGGUUGAAAAAAGGCAAAAGGCUGGAUAUCAACACCAAUACCUACACGUCUCAGGACCUCAAGAGCGCACUGGCCAAAUUCAAAGAGGGAGCACAAACAGAGAGUUCAAAGGAAGAUGAGGCAAGGCAGGCUGAGGUAAAGCAGCUCUUCCGCCCAAUUGAGGAGCUGAAGAAGGAGUUUGAUGAGCUGAAUGUUUUCAUUGAGACUGACAUGCAGAUUAUGGUGCGGCUGAUCAACAAGUUCAACAGUUCCAGCUCCAGCCUAGAAGAGAAGAUUGCUGCGCUCUUUGAUCUUGAGUAUUAUGUCCAUCAGAUGGAUAAUGCACAGGACCUGCUGUCUUUCGGUGGCCUUCAAGUGGUAAUCAAUGGACUGAACAGCACAGAGCCCCUUGUGAAGGAGUAUGCUGCAUUUGUGCUGGGGGCUGCCUUUUCCAGCAACCCGAAGGUCCAGGUGGAGGCCAUUGAAGGGGGAGCCCUGCAGAAGCUACUGGUCAUUCUGGCCACAGAGCAGCCCCCCACUGCUAAGAAAAAGGUCUUGUUUGCACUGUGCUCCCUGCUACGCCACUUCCCCUAUGCCCAGCAGCAGUUCCUGAAGCUUGGAGGCCUGCAGGUGCUUAAGGGCCUGGUGCAAGAGAAGAAUAUGGAGGUGCUGGCUGUGCGCGUGGUUACCCUGCUGUACGACCUGGUCACUGAGAAGAUGUUCGCUGAGGAGGAGGCCGAGCUGACCCAGGAUGUGUCCCCAGAGAAGCUGCAGCAGUACCGCCAGGUGCAUCUCCUGCCCGGCCUGCGGGAACAGGGCUGGUGCGAGAUCACAGCCCACCUCCUGGCACUGCCUGAACAUGACGCCCGCGAGAAGGUGCUGCAAACACUGGGUGCCCUCCUGGCCACCUGCCGGGACCACUACCGCCAGGAUCCGCAGCUCAGCAGGACGCUGGCCAGCCUGCAGGCUGAGUACCAGGCGCUGGCCACCCUGGAGCUUCAGGAAGGCGAGGAUGAGGGCUACUUCCGGGAGCUGCUGGGCUCCAUCGACAGCUUACUGAGGGAGCUGAGAUGACGCUGUCGCCCUGAUGCCAGGACUGGACUAGGAUGCUGUGAGUGAGGCCAGGGAGCACUGGCUCAGGUGGGCUUCUCAGAAGGCAUUAGGCCGGAGGGAAGAUUUCCCUUGUGGGGUGAGUUUCAUCUGGGCAGGCCUGGCUUGGCUAUUAAAUAAGACAUGAAGGCUGUGGUCUGUCUCCAUGUCUGUGUACACUGGGCUCAGUCCUAUGGCUGGGGGCUGUGCCUGGGCAGCCCCAAGGGUAGUUGGUGGGGUCACUGGGUAAUAGGCCACUGGUGAUCCUGAAUGAUCAGUCCCAGGUGUCCAGGGGCAGGGUCUGGGCUCUUUACCAUGCAGUAGUUCUGUGACCUUGGGAAGUCACUUAACCUCUCUGGGUUUAAUUCUUCAUCUGCCAGAAGAGAAAGCCCUUAAAUGAGAGACAAUUUGCAUAAAGCAUUAUAGCAGUGGCAACACCCAUGCUUGUCCCUUCCCCACCCAGUUUGAGAAAAGGUUGGAGAAUCACCUCACUGCUCCCUCUGCCCAUGCUCAAGAAACCUUUUCAAGACCACAGGCACUGCCAAAGCCCAGGAGCAGUUCCCCACUGGUGCUCGGCUGGGAUGCUGUCAGGGUGCUGCAGGGGCCUGGUUGAACUCCGGAGGACCCUGGCUGUGGGUCUUACUCUGGGAGCAGAGUGAUGAGGCUGCGGCCAGCAGUGGAGUGUGGGUGAGCUGGGCCUUUCCUGCCUGUGUCUAGGAAGGAGGCUAAAGAGGCAGCCUCUGGGCUGGGGCAGCCAAGCCUGGCAGUCCCAGCCCCCAGCCCAGGGAGGCUGAGUGCCAGGCCAGGAGCCUGCUGCAAGUUGCCAUGGCAACCCUCAGCUCUGGGCUUUCCUGAUUUGGAUUCUGGUGCAUUUGUUUUUCAGCCCUUCCCUGUGCACCAGAGGCUCCCUCCUGCUAGCUCAGGCAGCCCCUCCCACCUCCAGGAGUCCAAGUCUGGAAGGCCAAUUUGGGGCAGGCCUCUCCUCUCUCUGGCUCCAGGCUUAGUUUGUAGACAUCUCCGCUUUGCAGGGCUGAGGGGAUGUUGAGGCCCAGAGAAGCAUGGGGGUACGUGGGUGGGCUCCUUCCUUGCAGUCCCCUUCCUGGCUCUUCUCAACCCCUCUUCUGCUCACUUCACACCAAGAUGCCCAGGAAGCAUGUGACAAGAGCUGUGGCCUGCGCAGAGCCCCUCCCAGGCCUGUGGGAAGCGGAACCCCAGGCACUGUGGAGCAGCACUUUCCCAGGGUGGGACACUGUCUGUGUCAGCCGUUAGAGCCACUUGGGAGCGGAGUUGGCAGAGGAGAGAACGGUGCCCAAGGGAGGCUCAGGGAUUCGCCUGGGUCACACAGCUUGAGUGCCAGCUGGGACAGUGGGCUUGUGUGAGACCAGAAGGAGUCACGGCUCCUUUGUCAGGCAGUGGGAGGAGGCAGGCGUCCUGGCCGAGCUGCUGUGUCCAUGCAGAGCAGUAUUCAGAAAUGCCAUUCUGGGCUGGCCACAGCCAGCAGCAGGAGGCAGGCUCCUCAGGGUUUGGGGGGAUGAGGCUGUCCUUGCAGAGAUGAGCAAUGAGUUGUGGAGCAGAUGCAGGCCUGGGACAGACCUGGCGAAAAUGUACGGUGCUCUGGGGAGAUUGUGCAAGGGCCCUUGGGAUGACAGUGGGCAUGGCUGGGGUGGGACAUCCCCAAGUCCUCAUGGCCUCUCUAACCACCAGGUGCCAAUUCAGGGUAUGGAAAGGGUUGUGCCCAAAGGACCGUUGCCAGCAGAGACCUGACCAAGUUCCCAGUGUCCUCAGACAACAGCACACACAGCCAAGGGAGACUUGGGGCUGUGAACCCCUCAGAGACCAUUGGGGCAAGGGGAAGAGCACCUGGGGCUGCGGUGAGGAGGCAGGAGAAGAGCUGCAGCCAAGUGCAGACAGAUUCGUCCUCCUUCCCAGAUGGCACUGGGGAGAAGGAACCUGUUUGGCCCAGUUGGUGUUUGUCCUGGGUCCUUCAAGGAGCAGGCAGCAGCAGACCUGGAACUCUGCUCAGUCACCGCCCAGUUCCUUGACUACUGGCUGCAGGUCUGAGGAUCCUCUUCUCUGCCUUCCCUUUGGGCAUGUCCUAGGGACCCUGGAUCACAGCCACAAAGUGCAUAAUAAAGGAGUGUCUUUGUGCAUCUUCUGGCCGCCCAUGGCUGCACACAGAGGAGGACCCACACCCAAGCCAUGCUCCCCAUUGGCACCAGAGUCCUGAGGAGAACGCGCCGGCGCUGGGAAGGAUAAGUAGGCAUGGGGGAGGGGUGUGGAAGUGUGGAAACCUAGGCAGGUGCACCAGGGAGGAAGAAGCGGCCACCUACAAUUGGAACCUAAGGGUGUUAAGAGGCACUGGGUCUGAAGUCAAACGGGUGAGGGGCGCUCAAGGGGCACAGUUACACCGACACUUUCUGGCUGUACAGACGAGAUGGAGAUCAAGGGCUCCUUCUCAUGUCCCUCAGUGGAUAGGCGACGCUGGCCUCGGUAGAAAGGGGAUGGGAUCACAGCUGCAGAAUGGCUUUUGGGGGCCAUGGGGGGGGAGCCCUGCAGGGUGGUAAGGAGAGCAGCAUGACAAGCUGAGGGGUGCCACGGGGACCUGGGACAAUUAAUCUCUGCCCCCCCCAAACUAAAGGGGUCAGAGCAGGACAGAGGCAGAGGUCCUCCAUGGAUGGGGGCGGGGAGCCAGCGCCUCCUGAGAGCUGGCUCAGCCACGGAGUUGCACCCCUCACUGUUGGCCCAGGCUGUGCCCAUGAGAACAGAGGAGUUGCAGGAUUUCUGGGCGGCACCUGAGCCUCAGCUGGGGCUCCACAAGCCCUCUAGUGCCUCCCCGAUUGCCAGCUCCUUGCCCUCCAGUACCUUUGAGUGGGCUUAAUCAGUUCAUGGUUUGAGACUUUCAAUGACGUUGUCAAGCACAAGCUGCACCUUUGCUAGACACCGGAGGCAAACAGGACACAUGCUCGCUGUUCCCUGAAGAAAACGUGCUUCCUGGUGAGGCCACGCUGACACCAGAGGUUGGGGCAGUGGGGCAGGGAGCCAGACAGAGGCCCAGGGGCGGCCCGGCAUUCUUCAUCGUGGUAAAUGGGGGGGGUGACUUUAAGUGAUCGUGAAUAUUUACCCAAAUGCUAUUUUAAUAUGUAUUAGGAGAAUGUGCUUAGCACCUCAAACAACUUAAAAGAUACUGCUUCAGAGAAAGCUAUCCUAAAAGACGUGAGCCAGGCAUAGGGGUGCACAUCUGUAGUUCCAGUUGCCCAGGAGGCUGAGACGGGUUGGAGCCCUGAAGUUUGAAGUCAGCCUGGACAAUGAGGCAAGACUUCCAUUAAGAUAAGGAUGAAGAUACAGCAAAGGUAAUGCCUGAGGAAGAGACAGGCUGUGACGGGCCUCCUGGGAAGCACAGGCACCUUGGGAAACCCUUCAGAGCGCCACAUGGGUACAGAUGAUAGGGCCUCGUGUUGGAGAGAAAUGGCCAGCAGCCAGCCAGAGGGCUUUUUAGAGGUGAGACCUGGUCAGACACGUGUCUCCAGGGCCAAGGAUGAAGGCUGGUGGGACCUUGACAGAAAUCCCUAGGAGCUGCAGGGCCUUGGCCUCUGCUAUAGGGAAGUGGGGCUUAGCCCAGGGGCUGGUGGGGUGUGGUGACAUCAGGUGAAACAGCUGAGGACAGUGUGGAUCCAGUGCUUAGGCGGAGUAUGACAAAGGGCAGCAAAAGCUGUGCGAAUGUCCCACAGCUGGCAAGGGUUUAGAAAGGCCGGGAGGCCACUGGGGAUGGUGGGCAGCUGAGGAGCAUGAAGCCACGAUUUCUCGUGCCCCUGAGCAGGCGUCCUGGGCCAUGGAUUCUGCAGUGAGCAGAAUAAAGCUGCUUGCUUGCUGCUUGCCUACACACUCGAGACGCAUGGAAGGCAGAGGACAGCGGUAUGAACGGGCAGCAGCAGAGGAACUUGACAGUGGAGACACUAGUAGAUGUUCAAGAAAGCACUAGGAUUUUGCUGCAGAAAUACAUUCCACACAGGGCAGCCAUGAAGGCCCAGGUCAACGUGAGACAUGCUUAGCAUGCUUAAGGGAGGACGGGACAGGGGCAGAAGCAGAGUGACAAAGAGCAGUGAGAGUCAAGAUGUCAGAGCCACCUAGCUGAGCUGCUCACAGCUUCUCAGCCUGCAGGAAGUCCCGAGGUGAUAGAUUAUCAGACGCUGACUGACUUGGAGCAGUUUGUCCUCACUGAUGGCUUAGGCCAGGUGAUAAGUAGUGAGUUAAUCUUCAUUUUUUGGUACCUGGACAUAGAAGUGAGGGGCCUGAUAGUAUGAGCCGGCAGUGAGUGGGGAUAACAGCAGGGCGAAGGGCUGUGCGCGUGGUGGAGGAGAGCGGCAGAGCCCACUCGGGGUGCCUCCAGCCAGAGAUCGUGUGGGCACCCAAGUGGAAAGUGCAGGAUGCGGCUGGGCGUACCAGCUGGCUUCCUGGGACAACCUGGCUGAGCCAGAAGAGAAUGGAACAGAAUGAGUCAGUGUGCCGCUCCGGGGUUUUGAUGCAGGUUGGGACAUUCGACAGGCCCAGGGGCACAGUCCUCCCUCUGGGCUGGCAUGUGCCUGUGAGGCCCUGCAGGAAUUGUGGCGAUGUAGCUCUUCAUAAGAAAAGGCAAAGACGACUCUGGACUCUGACCUGGCUUCAGAGUGGACUUUAUUGAGAAAAGUUAGUGUAAAAAACAUUGAAAUACAUAAAAUUUAAAUAAGACAGCAAAAUUAUACCUUGUAGCUAUAGUAAUCACAAAUAAGAUAAAGUCUAAAUUAUUGCCUAAGCAAAAGCUACUGUCAGGCUUCAGCUGCAAGCCCAAGGCAGGAAACAUUACACUCAUUAGAGAGCCCAGUGAUGGAAUUUGCAUUUGGAGCUGGAAGAAAGGGGGAAGAAAGCAAGUUCUGACUAUGGCAGGACAACAGCCUAACCCAAGAAAAGCAACUUUAUUAAUGUCCUGCAGCGGAGUACAUUAGUAAUUGUAGCCAUGCGUUACAGCUCUCAUUUCAUUUCAUACAGAGUAAUCAGUUUUCUUCAGGGUACAUUAUGUUAGGUUUCACGUGGUUUAGCCCUUGGAAGGCUGACCUCUCCGCCCCACUCCUUUUCCAAAGACUAUCUCCUAAGAUGCCCAGAUCACCUUUGGUCAUUCAGCACCUCACUGCGGCCCCUGGGCUGGAGGGGGCCACUCGCUCCUGAGCAACCCAGCAAGCCCCACAGGGGCAAGAGUGCUACUGACAAGUGAAUGUGAGAUUCUCUUUGGUUAUGGAACUUUUAUAAAAAAUAUAGCUAGAAAUAUUCUUUGAACUCUACAAGCAUUUUGUGACCAACUUACAAGUAUGUAAUUAACGUCCUUGCAGAAUUUACCACCUGGCUGGGUUCAGAUCUGCCGCUUCCUCUACGGGAGCUAACGUUAGUGUUAGGUUCUCUACUUAGCAAACGCAUUGGGUGCAG